AGACAAAAACACUACAGCUGUGAAGGUCAUGGCAGAUGACAGUUCCAUUUGCUAGGUACUUUUCGUUUGGGUGCCGGUUGGCAUCGAGGUUAGGAAAUCCCAUCCGGCAGGAUUGUUUUGAAAACAAAGUAAACGAUGCCACCAAAAAAGGACGCUAAAGGAGGAGGAAAAGCUGCUCCAGCCAAGGGUGGCUCCGGUGGAAAGAAAGGGGGCGGUGGUGGUGGUGCUGAAGAAGGUGCAGCAAAGGAGAAAAAAGGCGGGUCGGCGGUGAAAGUACGACACAUUCUUUGUGAAAAGCAAGGCAAAAUAAUGGAAGCACUGGAGAAGCUGAAGGAGGGACAGGCGUUCAAUGUGGUUGCGACCAACUACAGUGAAGAUAAAGCACGCCAGGGAGGCGAUCUUGGUUGGCAGAUUCGAGGUGCGAUGGUGGGACCGUUCCAGGAUGCGGCCUUUGCGUUACCCAUUUCUACUACCAACGCUCCCAAGUACACGGAUCCUCCCAUCAAAACUAAGUUCGGAUAUCAUAUUAUAAUGGUGGAAGGCAAGAAAUAAAUGCUUUCUAUGUUUUUCA